AUGGCUCAGAACUCGGAGGAAUACACCACUCACGCUAGAGUGAAGAGUGAAGCAUAUUUGGAACAGGAGGACACAGCAGCCAGAGGACAAUCAGAUCUGCCCACAGCACUCGGAGAGCCAAUCGGGAGCAAAGACGCCCACGUGUUGGAGGAGAAGAGGGGAGAAAAGUCCUCCGUGGCACGUCUCCUGGGAUGGGAUGUGCUGAACUCGGAGGCCGGCUGCAGAGAGAGGAGGAUCUUGAAGUAG